AAUUGAAUUGGGAUGGAGAGCGGUUUGAGUUACCAUGAGUUGCGAAAGACAUGAACGGCGUUAUAGCAGUUAAGAUCGGCGUUUGGAUCUAUAAAUAGCCAACACGGAAUCUGCUUAAACAUUUGCUUUGGUUUUGAGGGAGAGGUUGUAGAUUGCUGCUUCUCUCCAUUCACACAACAACAGCUCCUCUUUCCUCAGGCGUCAAACAUGGGGCUGUCUUUCACAAAGCUUUUCAGCCGUCUCUUUGCAAAGAAAGAGAUGCGUAUAUUGAUGGUGGGUCUUGAUGCUGCUGGUAAAACUACAAUUCUGUACAAGUUGAAGCUGGGAGAGAUUGUCACCACUAUUCCUACCAUUGGUUUCAACGUGGAGACUGUUGAAUAUAAGAACAUUAGCUUUACCGUCUGGGAUGUUGGUGGCCAGGACAAGAUCCGACCUCUGUGGAGACACUACUUCCAAAACACACAAGGUCUUAUUUUCGUGGUUGAUAGCAAUGACAGAGAUCGUGUGGUUGAAGCUAGGGAUGAGUUGCACCGAAUGUUGAAUGAGGAUGAGUUGAGGGAGGCUGUUCUGCUAGUAUUUGCAAACAAGCAAGAUCUUCCAAAUGCAAUGAAUGCUGCUGAGAUAACUGACAAACUUGGCCUUCAUUCCCUCCGCCAGCGCCACUGGUAUAUCCAGAGCACAUGUGCCACUUCAGGUGAAGGGCUGUACGAGGGACUUGACUGGCUCUCAAACAACAUUGCAAGCAAGUCAUAGAUGGCACAUUGGAGUUUCUAGCCUCAAGCAGUUCAGGCUCCUUUCAGAGUUCUGGAUUUCAAACAUGGUCCAAGCGUUUCUUCUGUCUUAGUGAAUUUCUUGUUUCUUGCAAACAUUGCCAUUUGUUAUUUGUAGCUUCAGAAUAAUUGAAAAUGUUUCAUUUUUUCCCUCGUGUCACAGUAGCUGCAAUUGUCCUAUUCCAGUGUUUUUUAUAUUUCUAUCGGACUGAAAACCGAUGGCUAUUUUGAUUUAUCAUGUUUUUAUGUUGACAAAAUUACAUCAAAUAAAACCUUAUGUUUACAAUUUGAAUAUUACGA